AUGGGAAAAGCAUCAAAAGCUGGUAAAAUUAUAUUGGGAAUCAUUUCGGGAACCUCCUUUGUUCUCUCCUUAUUAUCUUCCUUAUUGCAAAUCUCCUCAGUUUCCUACUAUGCUGUUAAGGUUCAAUCAACCUCCGCCAAUAUUGAAUAUUACAUCUUGAUGGCAAUUCCAUUAUUCUUCUCCCUUCUCACAGUCAUCCUCUCUGCACUCUUCUUCUAUGAUCAAAUUCUGAUGAGAAUUAUUCGUGAACGUAACUUUAAGGCGUACAAUGUGCUGUCCAAAGCUUGUUGCAGAUCCUGUUGUCUGAAGAUUUUCAAUCUCACUCACAAAUCCUUAUGUUUGGCUUAUGUGGUUUCAAGUGUGGCCACGGUUGGCACUUCUCUAAUGAGUAGCAUUCUCUCAGGUGCUGUUGUAAGAGGAGAAGCAAGUGUGAGUUUACAGAGUGAAACUGUUACAUUGUGGUUUUCUUCAAUGAUUGUCUGUUGUGUUUUUGGAGCUCUCUCAGUUAUUGAUUCACUUUUAAUCAUGAUGAGAAAUUAUGAAAAGAAGGAAGAUGCUGUCAUGCCUGCCAGUUCAAUGUCAAGUCAAAUGUUGGAAACUCAAUCAAAUACCACUCCAUAUGAUUACAAGAAUUAA